AUGGAGUUGUUGACGUUUGGCGGAGAUGAGAGCAACUCGUCGCAAUGGGGUGAAGUGCACGGUCCAUUCAUGAAGGAAGAGCUUGUGUGCCAAAAACAAAACUUGAUGGCGUCAAAAGGCAUUUUCAUGAAUAGUGACCCUCUUAAAUACGCAAUGCCUCUUCUCAUGAUACAAAUGUCAGUCAUCAUCAUCACCUCUAGGCUUAUCUUCCGCGUCCUUCAACCUCUAAAGCAAGGAAUGAUCUCUGCUCAAGUCUUGACAGGUGUUGUUUUAGGACCGUCUUUUUUAGGACAUAAUUUGACAUACAUGAACAUGUUUCUUCCCGCUGGAGGCAAGAUCAUAAUACAAACGCUAUCAAACGUCGGUUUCGUCAUCCAUCUCUUCCUCCUCGGGCUCAAAAUUGAUGGGAGUAUUAUCAGAAAAGCUAGUUCUAAAGCCAUCCUCAUUGGUACAGCUUCUUACGCCUUUCCAUUCUCCCUUGGAAGCCUAACGGUUAUGUUCUUUAGUAAAACUUUGGGACUUCCAAGCGACGUGAUUAGUUGUACAAGCAGCGCUAUCUCCUUGAGCUCCAUGACUUCAUUCCCGGUUACAACCACGGUCUUAGCUGAACUUAACAUCCUUAACUCCGAGCUAGGAAGGUUAGCCACCCACUGCUCAAUGGUCUGCGAAGUUUGUAGCUGGUUUGUCGCUCUCGCGUUCAAUAUCUACACCCGUGAGCGGACUUUGAAUAGUCUUUAUGCCCUUAUCAUGAUCGUUGCUCUUCUUUUGGUCAUUUAUUUCAUCUUUAGACCUUUGAUAGUAUGGCUAACAGAGAGGAAAACCAAAUCGAUGAAUCAAAAAGACGUUGUCCCGUUCUUCCCGGUCCUCUUCUUUUUAUCCGUGGCUAGCCUUAGUGGAGAGGCUAUGGGAGUACACGCUGCGUUUGGAGCGUUUUGGUUUGGCGUUUCUCUCCCUGAUGGUCCUCCUUUAGGCACGGAACUCGCUGCGAAACUCGAGAUGUUUGCCUCGAAUCUGUUCCUCCCAUGUUUCAUCGCCAUUAGUGGGCUGCAAACUAAUUUUUUUCAGAUCACAGCGAGCCACGAGCACCAUGUGAUGAUGAUUGAGAUCAUUCUCUUGAUCACUUACGGAUGCAAGUUCCUUGGAACAGCUGCUGCGUCUGCUUACUGCCAAAAUCAGAUCGGAGACGCGCUUUGUUUGGCCUUCUUGAUGUGUUGUCAAGGUAUCAUCGAAGUCUACACUACUAUCGUCUGGAAAGACGCUCAGGUUGUUGACACAGAAUGUUUUAAUCUGGUGAUCAUCACGAUUCUGAUAGUAACUGGUAUUUCCCGGUUCCUCGUCGUGUACCUUUACGACCCUUCAAAACGUUACAAAAGCAAAAGCAAACGAACGAUCCUCAACACAAGGCAACACAAUCUUCAGCUCCGUCUUCUCAUUGGCCUCUACAGUGUUGAAAACGUUCCUUCUAUGGUUAAUCUUCUAGAAGCUACUUACCCUACACGGUUUAACCCAAUCUCAUUCUUUACGUUGCACCUUGUCGAGCUUAAAGGUCGAGCACACGCAGUUCUCACGCCGCACCACCAGAUGAACAAACUUGACCCUAACACGGCUCAGUCCACACACAUCGUUAACGCCUUCCAGCGUUUCGAACAAAAGUAUCAGGGAGCUCUCAUGGCGCAACAUUUUACCGCAGCAGCGCCUUACUCGAGUAUAAACAACGACGUAUGUACGCUCGCGCUCGACAAGAAGGCAACGUUAAUAGUGAUUCCGUUCCACAAGCAGUACGCGAUAGACGGGACAGUCGAACAAGUCAACGGACCUAUCCGGAACAUAAACCUUAACGUGUUGGAAGCGGCACCUUGUUCUGUCGCAAUAUUUAUAGACAGAGGAGAGACAGAGGGACGUCGCUCUGUCUUAAUGACUAGUACGUGGAAUAACGUGGCAGUGCUCUUCAUCGGAGGCAAGGAUGACGCGGAGGCGCUAGCGUUAUGCAUGAGGAUGGCUGAGAAGCCGGACCUUAACGUCACGAUGAUACAUUUCCGUCACAAGAGCUCUCUUCACGACGAGGACUACAGCGACAUGUCCGAGUACAAUCUAAUAAGCGAUUUCAAGAGCCAUGCAGCGAACAAAGGAAAAGUUCAUUACGUAGAGGAGAUAGUGAGAGAUGGCGUGGAGACGACGCAAGCGAUUAGCUCACUAGGAGAUGCCUAUGACUUGGUAUUAGUUGGUAGAGACCACGACCUAGAGUCUUCGGUUUUGUAUGGACUCACGGACUGGAGUGAGUGCCCUGAGUUAGGUGUGAUCGGAGAUAUGUUGACGUCGCCGGAUUUUCAUUUCUCGGCGCUUGUCGUUCAUCAGCAGCAAGGAGACGCACUGGACUUGGACGAUAGUUAUAAAUUGCCUGCGCUCGAGCAUCAGAAGAUUGGAGAUACGGUAAUGCCACAACGUUUCUCUACUGAAGAAGGUUUCACUACCAUUGAUCUCGGUAAAUACUAGAGUAACCAACUGAAUUAAAUCUUCAUUUAGUAACUUUUUUUUGUUAAUCAUAAGUUCAUAACGAGAGAGAUAUUUAUACAUAGAUGUA